AUGUACCAGCCCACUCCCCCCCCCCGUCUACUGGCCCACUCCCCCCCCCCGUCUACCGGCCCACUCCCCCCUCCCGUCUACCGGCCCACUCCCCCCUCCCCCCGUCUACCGGCCCACUCCCCCCUCCCCCCGUCUACCGGCCCACUCCCCCCUCCCCCCGUCUACCGGCCCACUCCCCCCUCCCCCCGUCUACCGGCCCACUCCCCCCGUCUACCGGCCCACUCCCCCCGUCUACCGGCCCACUCCCCCCGUCUACCGGCCCACUCCCCCCGUCUACCGGCCCACUCCCCCCGUCUACCGGCCCACUCCCCCCGUCUACCGGCCCACUCCCCCCGUCUACCGGCCCACUCCCCCCGUCUACCGGCCCACUCCCCCCGUCUACCGGCCCACUCCCCCCGUCUACCGGCCCACUCCCCCCGUCUACCGGCCCACUCCCCCCGUCUACCGGCCCACUCCCCCCGUCUACCGGCCCACUCCCCCCGUCUACCGGCCCACUCCCCCGUCUACCGGCCCACUCCCCCCGUCUACCGGCCCACUCCCCCCGUCUACCGGCCCACUCCCCCCGUCUACCGGCCCACUCCCCCCGUCUACCGGCCCACUCCCCCCGUCUACCGGCCCACUCCCCCCGUCUACCGGCCCACUCCCCCCGUCUACCGGCCCACUCCCCCCGUCUACCGGCCCACUCCCCCCGUCUACCGGCCCACUCCCCCCGUCUACCGGCCCACUCCCCCCGUCUACCGGCCCACUCCCCCCGUCUACCGGCCCACUCCCCCCGUCUACCGGCCCACUCCCCCCGUCUACCGGCCCACUCCCCCCGUCUACCGGCCCACUCCCCCCGUCUACCGGCCCACUCCCCCCGUCUACCGGCCCACUCCCCCCGUCUACCGGCCCACUCCCCCCGUCUACCGGCCCACUCCCCCCGUCUACCGGCCCACUCCCCCCGUCUACCGGCCCACUCCCCCCGUCUACCGGCCCACUCCCCCCGUCUACCGGCCCACUCCCCCCGUCUACCGGCCCACUCCCCCCGUCUACCGGCCCACUCCCCCCGUCUACCGGCCCACUCCCCCCGUCUACCGGCCCACUCCCCCCGUCUACCGGCCCACUCCCCCCGUCUACCGGCCCACUCCCCCCGUCUACCGGCCCACUCCCCCCGUCUACCGGCCCACUCCCCCCGUCUACCGGCCCACUCCCCCCGUCUACCGGCCCACUCCCCCCGUCUACCGGCCCACUCCCCCCGUCUACCGGCCCACUCCCCCCGUCUACCGGCCCACUCCCCCCGUCUACCGGCCCACUCCCCCCCGUCUACCGGUAAUGGCUCGGGCACAAGUCUCGCCAGAGGGGAUGAGCCGCCGCCGCCGCUUCUGCGCCCCCAUUGUCCGCGCCCAUUUUCCCUUCCUUUCGCGGCGACAGUCUACUGGCAGCCGCAGGGGCAGAAUUGCGUCGGUGGCACAGCUGGGCACGUGUGUUCUUAAAGCAAGUUCCGCAUCAGUGCUUGCCGAGUACCAAGUUCAGCCCUUCGCUGCGCUGCAGUCUGCGACAUUGCAACAAGGGCAGGCGGCAAGACUUACGCACUCCGUGGUAUCGCUGAAUGAAUCGUGA